UGACACCACCCGACAUGAUCAACAUUACGAAGACUUUCCGGAUUGCUUCCACUAAUAGCUGGGCAUCGAAAGUGCUGAUAGUCAACUUUGUAGCACACAAUAUUUCAUUGGAACUCCAGAAGGACGCACUUUGCUGUCCUGUCGAUCAUGGGCAAUCCGUGUUCGUGCGAAACACGAGGCUUUGAAACCGUAGAGGGGCGUGGACGGAAGAUUCAGUCCGUUUUGCUCCAACAUGUUUUGAAAUCUAGGAAAUGGAACGGACCGAUGCCGAAACUUGACAGAUGUGCAUUUCUCACGGCACCCAGUAGCGUGGGCACACGCGAAUGGCCUUGUCCUACUCUUUUCAUUAUUUCGCCAAACUCAGCACGUCUAUAUUAGUAACACCAAGGUACACUUUCCGUGGAAAUCAUGUCCACCAUGAAUUCUCCUUUCUCUCUCCGCACAACGCGGUUUCGGUUGCCGUCGCGGUUGUCUCCCCCAAAUGUUGCUUUUUCGUCACGUGAGAAUCCUCGAAGCCGUGUUCAAUUUUCAACCGGACAGACCGUCCUUGUUGCGGCCUUUUUUUCUUCCGUGGCAGCUGUUUUGACAGCUUCGAUUGCUAUUUACGGCUUUUCCAAUACUAUUUUGGAAGCGCAUCGGGCAGCUGGUGUAUUGGAUGCCACAGGAGGCGCUUCGCAAGCGUUAGCGAAAUUCCGGAGCAUCAGUGAACAGAGGAGUGCUUUGCGCUGUGCUGAGGUGGGACCGAAAGUAUCGAAUCAGACCAAAGGUUUCAAUGAGUCGCUACCGGACGUGAGGGAUCAUUUUGAUCCUUCAGUAGAGCCACAAGCGAAAGCUUUAACAAUCAGAAUCAAGCGAGAGACGCAUAGUAUUCGACCACACGUGGCAUGGCUAAUGUCUUUUCCUAACAGCGGUACCUCCUUUACUAUUCAUAUGACACGGGACGUAUCCAACACUACCACCGCAACAAACUAUGCCUUGGAAGGCACAAACAGACAUGAUCCAAGUGAGCAGGCCAUCCCGGGUCCACUUGGUGCGAGCGGCCCAUUUCUGGAACUGAUUCCGAAUCUGACUACCGCGCUGCCCGAUACGAUUUUAACCAAAACUCAUUGCAAAGGUUUUUGCAGUGGUCGCAAAUGCAAUGCAGAAAAAACGGUACACACAGUCCGUUCCUUUAUGAUGGGAUGCUUGUCGGGACGGCGCGCCGUCCGGAACACCAAGGGAGGGCUUAGUACCGUUACCGUCACAUACAAUCCCGCGUUGGUCAAGAAAGCUAUCCAUCUUUUAAGGCAUCCGUUGGACAACAUUGUGGCUCGUUUUCAUCUUGAGUACAACGUCCAGGUAGGGCGGGGCAACACAGAAUACGACAAGAUGUAUCCAAAAAACGUGACUGGAUUCCAUAAAUGGUGCGCAGCAGAAGACGCACACGACCACAUUAUUAAUUCACGAUUUUUGAUUGUUGAUCACCGGCUGAAGGAGAAAAUGAUAAACAUCCCAUGCAUGAACGAGUUCUUCCGCUAUGUACAGUGGCACAACCUAGCCUUUGCCGUCUCGCGCGAGAUGGGCUUGUCCACUAUGAUUCUGCACUACCACGAAUACGCGGACAAUUUUGAAAAGACUCGGGACAAGGUAUUGGACUGGUUAGAACUACCUCGGGUUGGAGAGGGUAUGGCAUUCCAUUCGGGCAAGGUGUAUCGGCACUACUACUCAGACAAGCAAAAACGUGCAAUAUGGGAGUUUCUAGAAGAGUUUUCUUCAUUGGAAACUUGGGCAGAGCUGAAAGAUUACAAUUUCAAACUUAAGCCAAACUCAACAGUGUCUUGACGGUAGGCUUUGUUUCCUGUUUUAGAGAAUCAUAAUAUGAACAGGACUGUGGCAAUUCAAAGUUACAUUAAUGAAGAUUAUAAUUUUGC